GCCAUACAACAACUUUUACGUGCCAAGACAAAAAGAAGAAGAAGAAAUUAUUACUUAAAUAUACAAAGAAACAAGAGAGAAAUGAUGAUGAAGAGAAAAAUGAUACUUGGAGCGAUUCUGCUUGGAUUCUUGGUGAUUUUCUUGGGCACCACACAAGUGGAAGCGGCUAGGCCGUUGCGAACCAGCGGUGAGAUUCAAUACGUGUUCCAGUUCCUGCAAAGAGGUCCGGUGCCUCCGUCAGAUCGAAACGGAUGUACCCACAUUCCGAAACAGGGAGGUUCGUGCCGUGGGCCGUCACGUUAGUAAUGAUUAUACAUCCUAGUUAUUUCAUUUUUUUUCUAAUUAAUAUAAGGUAAUUAUAAUGUAAUAAACACAACAAUAGUUUUGUGUGUUGGUUCUGUAUUUAAAGCAGUUAGCAACUACAAAAGCAAAUGUAUGUUUUUUUUCCUCAUUAACUACAAAAAGCUGCAAAAGCUAGUUGAUGAGAUUAGUUAUUCUUUUAUUUGUUUUGAACUUUAAACAUGUAUGUAAUAAACACAACAAUAGUUUUGUGUAUUGGUUAUAUAUCUAAAGCAGUUAGCAACUACAAAGCAAAUGUAUGUAUUCAUCAACCUCAAAAAGCUGCAAAAGCUAGU